AUGGGUGGGAUCCUCUCGACAGCUGUGCGCCCCUCGAUGGCAGCGCCAACGAACAUCACGGAGCGAGGUCUCCAGGGCUACACGAAUGCAGUCUACUUUACCAACUGGCAAGUUGUUAGCCUGGCUAUUUAUGGUCGCAAUUAUCAGCCCCAGAAUCUUCCAGCAUCCCAGAUCACCAACGUCCUUUACGCGUUUAUGAAUCUUCGCUCGACCGGUGAAGUCUACACCGCCGACACCUAUGCCGAUUUGGAGAAACACUAUCCCACUGAUUCAUGGAAUGACGUCGGCACCAACGCCUACGGCUGCGUCAAGCAGCUCUACCUCUUGAAGAAGGCCAACCGCCGCAUGAAGGUCAUACUGAGCAUCGGAGGAUGGACAUGGUCAACCAACUUCCCCGCUGCGGCCAGCACGCCCGAAGGCAGAACCCUAUUUGCCCAAUCCUCGGUCAAGCUGAUGAAAGAUUGGGCGUUUGACGGCAUCGACAUUGACUGGGAGUACCCCGCCGACACCACCGAAGCCGCCAACUUUGUUCUUCUGCUCCAAGCAGUCCGAAGCGAGCUGGACUCCUACGCCGCCCAGUACACUCCCGGCUACCACUACCUCUUGACCAUCGCGUCCCCCGCCGGCCCGAGUCACUACAACGUCUUGAACCUCAAAGCCAUGUCAGAUAUCAUUGACGCAUUCAACCUCAUGGCGUACGACUAUGCCGGUUCCUGGGAUGCCAACAGCGGCCACCAGGCGAACCUAUACCCGAACCCCGGAAACCCAGCUUCCACGCCCUUUUCAACCGAUGCCGCUGUCAACGACUACCUCGCAGCGGGCGUCCCAGCCUCGAAGAUUGUGCUCGGCAUGCCCAUCUACGGCCGCUCUUUCGAGCAAACCAACGAUAUCGGACAGCCGUUUUCCGGCAUCGGUAGCGGAUCCUGGGAGAACGGAGUGUGGGACUACAAGGCUCUUCCUCGAGCGGGCGCCACCGAGCUUUACGAUGCCACGGCGGUUGCUUCCUACAGCUACGACGCGGCUGCCAGGGAGCUCAUCUCGUACGACACUCCUGCAGUUGUGAGGACCAAGGUCUCAUAUCUUACUGGCAAGGGUCUUGGUGGCUCAAUGUUCUGGGAGGCGAGCGGUGACAGGACUGACAGCGGGAGUCUUCUUGCAACCAGUUUUGACGCGCUCGGGGGCGCGAACAGCCAGGACCAGAGCCUUAACCAGUUGAGCUACCCGAACAGUCAGUACGACAACAUCCGCGCGGGCGUACCAGGUGGUUGA